GGCGGCGCCAGGAGGCACCCCUGGGCUUAGGUACAAGCCUAGCAGCUGCCGCUGUCUCCGUGCCGCAGGGCCGCCGUUCUCUCAGGAUGCUCCCUCGCCAUUGCAGCAGCCUCCUCUUCAGCUUCCUCCUCCUCCUGGGCUGGGGGGCCACGAGUCGGGACCAGGAGGAGGGGGAAGAAGCGGAAGAAAGCAAAAACGAAACUGAGCUCCGAACUGUGCAGCUGGAGAUCUUGGUGAGCCCCCCCUUUGCUUUCUGCUUGCAUGGUGGCGCCCUCGAGGACUGCACGGAGUACUCGGCGAUGGGCGACACGAUUCAAAUCCACUACACGGGUACCCUCCAAAAUGGCCGUAUUGUUGAUAGUUCUGUUUCCCGUGAUCCUUUGCAAGUAGAGCUGGGCAAAAGACAAGUCAUCCCUGGCUUGGAACAGGGUCUGCUGGACAUGUGUGUUGGGGAGAAACGGAAAGUUAUUAUCCCCCCUCACUUGGCAUAUGGCAAACGAGGCUCCCCGCCUGCUGUCCCAGCUAACGCAGUCCUGCAGUUUGAGGUGGAACUGGUAGGGCUCUCCAGAGCGAGUUACUGGCAGAAGCUGCUGAAUGAUGUGCUGCCCCUGCUCUGCAUAGGGCUUGUCCCGGCACUUCUGGGGCUUAUCGGCUACCACCUCUAUCAGAAGGCCAGUUCGCCCCGGCCCUCCAAGAAGAAACUGAAGGAGGAAAAGAAGAACAAGGCCAAGAAGAAAUAAAAGCUUCCCUUCUCUUUUUUCAGCAUUA